AUGCUUGUGCACAGCUACCCGGGCAUGGACCGAGCCGAGGGGCUGCCCGGGGCGCCGGCCGGGGCCCGCCUGCCGCAGCUGCCCUCGCUCAACCAGGCGCCCUAUGGCUCGGCGCCGCCGCUCUGCCACACGCCCGCCGCCGACUUCCAGCCGCCCUACUUCCCCCCGCCGUACCCGCAGCCGCCGCUGCCGUACCCGCAGGGCCAGGAGCCCGCUUACCCUCACCUGGCGGACCCGUACGCGGCGCUCAGCCCCCUGCACCAGCACCAGCAGCCGGCCUGGCCCCCGCAGCGCGGCCGGCAGGACGAGCCGGGGCUGCUCUCGCAGACGCACCGCGCCCUGGGGCUCGACCCUCGCCGCGAGUACCCCGCCGUGCCCCGCCUGCUCCACGGGCUGCCCGACGGCGGCCACGGCCUCGCCGACGGCCCGCUGGGCCUCCACGGCCUCGGCCACCACGGCCUCGAGGACAUCCAGGCCGUGGACGACGGCGGCAUGAACCUGCUCGAUCAGUCCGUGAUCAAGAAAGUGCCCAUCCCCUCCAAGGCCAACGGCGCCACCAUCCCCGCGCUGCCCAUGAGCAAGGACGGCCUCAUCGGAGGCGUCACCAACCCCAACGAGGUUUUCUGCUCCGUGCCCGGCCGCCUGUCCCUGCUGAGCUCCACCUCCAAGUACAAGGUGACGGUCGGGGAGGUGCAGAGGAGGCUCUCGCCCCCCGAGUGUCUCAACGCCUCUCUCCUCGGCGGGGUCCUCCGCAGAGCCAAAUCAAAAAAUGGGGGUCGGUGUUUAAGGGAAAGGUUAGAGAAAAUUGGAUUAAAUCUACCUGCAGGAAGGCGCAAAGCUGCCAACGUCACCCUGCUCACAUCCCUCGUGGAAGGUGAAGCCAUUCACCUGGCCCGGGAUUUUGGCUACGUCUGUGAAACCGAGUUCCCGGCCAAGGCAGCAGCGGAGUACCUGUGCCGGCAGCACUCCGACCCCACGGAGCUCCACACCAGGAAAAACAUGCUGCUGGCCACCAAGCAAAUUUGCAAGGAGUUUGCAGACCUGAUCGCCCAGGAUCGCUCUCCGCUGGGGAACAGCCGCCCCUCGCUGAUCCUGGAGCCGGGCGUGCAGAGCUGCCUGACCCAUUUCAGCCUCAUCACCCACGGCUUCGGGGGCCCUGCCAUCUGCGCCGCCCUCACCGCCUUCCAGAACUACCUGGUGGAGUCCCUCAAGGGGCUGGAUAAAAUAUUCCUCAACAGCACGGGCAACGGGCACACGGCCGGGGACUCCAAAGCGUCAGACAAGGAGGUGAAGCAUCGGAAAUAACGAAAUUGCAGCGCUGCCUCCCCGCCGUGGGAGCUUCCCCUGGCUCCACGGGGGGAAAAAGGUGACCCACAGCACUGUUCCUGAACUGCUGAGUUUGGAUGUCAUAAAGCAAAGAAAGAACAGACGGGGAAAAAAAGGAAGAUUUAAAGAAUUUGAGAAGAAAACAGUGCUAAUGAACGUAGUGAGGCUGAGAGAAGCCAGGCUGGUGGCUUUGGGGUUUUGCCUUUUUUUUUUUUUUUGUUUUGUAACGUGGAUGCAGGAAGACAAGUCAUGUGCAAUUUGAUUUUAUUUUGCUUUUUUUU